CGCAAAAUGGAGAAGGAGAUAAGGCUUUGUGUACUUUCAAGGAAAUGCUGGAAGAAGUUAAUGCUUUGGUUGACAUGUAUUCUAAAUGUGGAGACAUGAUAUCUGCUAUGAGAUUGUUUGAGAGGUUAGAUGGGAAGGAUCGAGUUACUUGGAACUCGAUAAUAAAUGGAUUUGCUCAAAAUGGGAAUGGAGUGAUGUCUUUGUUCAUGUUUGAGAAAAUGAUUGAAAUAGAUACAACGCCAAAUCAUGUAACUUUUCUUGGGGUUUUAUCUGCCUGUAGCCACUGUGGUUUAUUACCUGAAGGAUUUCAAUAUCUCCAUUCAAUGGAGAGGAAAUACGGUAUAGUACCCCAGUUGGAUCACUAUGCCAUCUUGAUUGAUUUACUUGGACGGAAGAAUAUGCUUGGAGAAGCUGCGAAUUUGAUCAAGAGAGCUCCUUGGGGAAGAGACAAUAUUGGAAUGUGGGGCGCACUUUUGGGUUCUUGCAGGGUACAUGGGAACUUGAAACUUGCUAGAAGGGUGGCAGAAGAUCUAUUUGAGCUGGAACCUGAUAAUGCUGCCAGGUAUAUUAUGUUAUCCAACAUCUAUGCAGCAGCAGGAAGGUGAGGUGAUGCCCGCACUCUGCGAAGGUACAUCUAUGACAGAGGAUUGGUGAAAGAAAUAGCUUAUAGUUGGAUUGAGAUAAACAAUAUCAGACAUAAGUUUAUCGCUAAAGACAAGUCCCACAGUCGGUUAGAAGAAAUAA